AUGGUUGGCGCGGCAAAGCAGGAGAAGCUGCUUGAAGAACGACAUCGUCAACGCGAACUUGAGAGAAAGACUUCCGACCCUGAACCCAGUGGACCUCGUGAUUCUAGGUUCGACGACUUUGACGAGGACUUUGACUACGAUGCGAUGAUGGAGGACGACGGGUUCGAAGAGCCGAUUCCGAUGAGUAAUGAUUUUGGAGACGACUACGGAUACGAGGAGGAUUUUGACGCGGGCGGCACAGAUCCUUUGGGUCUGGACGAUGGUGAAGACUUCGAUGCGGCUGGAACCGAUCCCUUUGCUCUUGAUCCGGUGCCAGAACUUGAAAUCGAAUUCGACGAGGAUGCUGCAAACGACCCCGACAACGAUCAAGAGAACUUUGCUGGCUUUGUCUUUCAACGAUCAGGCCCUCCCUCCGCCUUGACCAGUCCACACAGCGCUGGUCUGUUAGCGACGCCGAGAGAUGCAGACGGCAAAGUGAUUGGAUUCGCCAUCUCGAGAGAUACGCCAGAUCUGAACCAGCUGUUGAGUCCCGGCUUUGCUCCCGAUCAGAACCUGUCGCCCGCUACGACUGAUUCGGCUGCCGAACUUCCGAUCGACGGCUUGAAUAUUACCGAUACGGAACUGCAAGAUGAGGACGAAACGUUGCGCGAGCCAACCCAGUCUUUGUCGCCCGCUCCACUAUCAGUCCCUAAGAAGGACGAUCUCUAUUUUGACAACGGCCUUCUCGAUGAGUUGGAAUUCGCUGGAGAGGGGGACGGCUCUUACUUUGACGAGUCCAUCUUUGAUCUGGACGAUACAGACAAGUAUGGCCGUCCCAUUCCGGGCGCCUUUGCCAGAGCUCAAGCUGCCAGAGCUGCGAUGACUGGUGGCGCUACCCGGCCUGAGAAUAACGUGCAAGAACCCGAUGUCAAGGUAGGCGAAAGUCAAGAUGCCAGCGUCCAAGACGGCAGUGCCCCUGAGAAUGUCAAGAGAAUUUCCGACAGCACGUCACGUCUGUCUGCGCAUUCCAAUGUAUCGCAAUCGACGGCCCAUACUUCCCUCAGCGUCGGUAUGCCGGCUCCUUCUGUCGACGACUCAAAACGAGCCAGCGACAGCCUGGCUCAAGGCCAGGAAUCCUCCGUAAUGACGUCAAGCUUCUCAGCGACGGGCCAGGACAAGGUGGAUGCUUAUCAAACUGCUCUGGCGGCAGCAGCGUUCGAAGCCGCCGCUAACGGUCGAUUUCGACGAGACUCAUCACCCCCUCCAAGCGAGCUAAUGUCGCCCAGUGGAGAGUCCUUAGAUGACCUUCCACAGCAUGAGAACAUGGACGACUACGAUGAUUACGACGACACUGGGUUUCGCGAAGACCUGAAUGAUUACGAUGUGGACUAUGACGACUUCAUUGCGGAGGCGAACGCCAGUGCCCUUGCCAACGACUCCGACGGUUGGUAUGGUCAGGAGUUUGGGUUUUACUCUGCUCCUGUAGAGGGAGGUGGGCGCCACAGUAGGGACAGCUCCAACGGAUCGGAUGAGAAGCCUUUCGAAUAUGCUAACGGCGGCUUCUUUGGGCCGUCGGGCGUAUCCCGAAGCAAGUCCGGGAGGAUAGUAUCUCGAGAGCCCAACCUCACGCCUAUCACAGAGAGAUCCGAAUACUCGAAUCGUAACUCGAUCAUGAGUCUUGCGGUCCCGCCUGGUAUCGGUUCCGGGCCAUCAAGUCUCCAGAGCCCCGGCCUGGCCCAACUUGCCAUGAUGGCUGAUGGUGAAGAUAAUAUGAGCCUGUCAGCGCUGAUGCGGCUUCGUUCCAGGGCUUGGGGUGGAUCACAGGCCAGUCUGGUCUCGAGUCGCGAGGGUUCACCCAGAUCGGAGAGGGGUGAAGGUGGAAGCUCACCUUGGGGCCCGGGGCCUCACAAUAUGCUGGGCAUACACGGCCAUGGUCGCAAGAACUCGGCAUUCUCUGUUCGCAGCCGCGACAUGGAUUCUUCGGAUGCAGGCAGCACAUCGGGCUCCCCUACUCUCACCAUGUCCAUGCCCACUUUAGGGUCACCGCCUCCGCCUCUGCCACCACUGAACCAAAGUCCUGCGGUGGUGAUGAACUCUCCUCACUUCACGCACAGCGCGGCAUUCGACCCCGUUCCAGAGUCUGACGAGAUGGAUGAGCUGUCAAUCUCCAACACCAUCUCCCACUCGGGCUUGUGGAUGAAGAGCCCAGACACGGCCAUGCAUCCGAAUCUCGUGCCCCGGAUCGACCCGACGCCUCAACCUCAGCGGAGGCCCGGCAUGGGUCACAAACACAAGGGGUCCGCAGACAGUAUAUCUUACAUUAAAGAGGAAGAGAGUGGCGAGACCAGAUGGGUUCUCGAGCGACGGUUUACCGCCGACAGCGGGGAGAUUGAAGUGCAGCGGGAAUUCGUCGGCAAUGGUCAGAUAUAG